GAAAUUCUGGGUCCUAACAAAUUUCAACAGUUUGCUUCGACCAACGUUUUGCUUUUCCUUAAAAGCAAAGUCCUUUUUGGCUCUAUCUAAUUUGGUUUGUCUAUAAUUUUGGAUCAAGAAUCUACAAUGUCAAGUUCAUAAAGAAAGAGUCAUGUGAGCUAAGUUACAGUAUCAUCAUAUAGUUCUUGUUAAGAUUCACAAAAUCUAAUAUUUAUCAAUUUUGGUAAAGUUUAAGAUGUUUUGAUUAUAAUAUAAAGAUUUUGCCAUUAGUAAACAGUUUAAAGUUAAGAGCUUUUCAAUGAUUCUGCCUCUUUGAUUACUAUAAUGGUUGAAAGGUCACUCUCAGAUUUGCAAUGCCCGUUUCUUUCUAUUGGUGGUUGGUCUGUUUUCAUUCCAUUUAUUAUUGUAUUUGCCAUUCUUUGACUAAUCCUAUACUCAAUCAUUUCUUUAAUCACAUUAUUUUAGUAAUCAAUAUCCUUCAAGAUGCUCCAUUACUUCUUUUUAAUAUCCUCUUGUCUGCAACUUCCUUUUCUUGACUCUGUAGUUCUUACUUCAACUUCACCACUUUGCAGGGUUUUAGAUUCUUGCACUCUUGGAGGUUGAGCUUAGUUCGACAUGAAGGUCUUUAUCUAAUCUCCACUCGCUGGCAAUGAAGAUGAGAGUGGAAACCGCACUUGCGAUCCUUUUGGUUCUCAUAUCAAUUCAACAAUGUUAUGGAGGUGUAAGCAACUAUACAUGUACGUGUUUCUCUUCGGGCAAUCGAAGUGAUAUCCUGGAAUCUAACUGUUCCACAUCAUGUAAUUGCAGACCAGACAGAGAUCAAUGGGUAUGUUUGUGUCCUGCAAAUGGAUUUCCGGUUAUAGCCAUUGGUGGUUCAAAUUCGUCAUGCUUCACUUCAUGCAACUGCUCUGCUGGUGCUACAAAAUCUUCAAAGAAGCAAUAUUUAUCGAGGAAACUCGUUAUAGUUAUACUACUCUUCUGCGGUGUACUCAUUUCACUAGCAUUCCUUGCCUCUAUGAUUUGUUACAUUUGUAGAAAGGACAAGUUUUCUGGACAAACCCCUUCAGUCUCUUCAGAUAGAGAAUCUAGCUGGCAUAGCUCUGCUAACUUAAUAAACCGUAAAAGCUCGGUUUCACAAUCGAAAAUUAGCAUCAGCUCCUCAGUGGCAGGUUGCUUCUUUCAGAAUGCUUCUUUGUUUUGUGUGAGCAAACCUGAAACAAUCCAUGGAGCUAUCUUUCAGUUCUCAUACACAGAAUUAGAGCAAGCAACCAAUAAAUUCUCAAGUAACAGUGUAAUAGGACAUGGAGGAAGUAGUUGUGUUUACCGUGGACAGCUCAAAGACGGUAAAACCGCUGCGAUCAAACGUCUAAAUACCCCUAAAGGAGACGACACUGACACUCUAUUCUCAACAGAGGUAGAGUUAUUAUCAAGACUCCAUCAUUACCAUGUGGUACCGUUAAUUGGAUAUUGUUCGGAGUUUCAUGGCAAACAUGCAGAGAGGCUUCUGGUUUUUGAGUACAUGUCUUAUGGAAGUCUAAGAGAUUGCUUAGAUGGAGAGUUAGGGGAGAAAAUGACAUGGAACAUCCGAAUCUCUGUCGCUCUUGGAGCUGCAAGAGGACUUGAGUAUCUUCAUGAAGCUGCCGCUCCAAGAAUCUUACACCGAGAUGUGAAAUCCACAAAUAUUCUCCUUGAUGAGAAUUGGCAUGCAAAAAUAACAGAUCUUGGGAUGGCUAAGUGUUUGAGUAGCGAUGGUUUACAAAGCGGUUCAAGCUCUCCAACCACAGGACUACAAGGAACAUUUGGCUACUUUGCACCUGAAUACGCAAUUGCAGGAUGUGCUUCACAGAUGUCAGAUGUUUUCAGCUUUGGUGUUGUUCUACUCGAGCUUAUAACCGGAAGGAAACCGAUACAGAAACCAAGCAACAACAAAGGCGAAGAAAGCCUAGUUAUAUGGGCUGUGCCACGGUUACAAGAUAGUAAGCGGGUGAUCGAGGAACUGCCUGAUCCGCGGCUAAACGGGAAGUUUGCGGAAGAAGAGAUGCAGAUAAUGGCGUAUCUUGCUAAAGAGUGUUUGCUUUUGGAUCCAGAAAGUAGACCAACAAUGAGAGAAGUUGUUCAGAUUCUUUCAACCAUCACACCAGACACAUCAUCCAGACGUAGAAAUUUCCCCAUUAAUUAUCUUUUCCAGAGUAACGAGAAGAAGAAAGAAAGCAAAGUGGGAUGGUCAAGAGGAGGGAGCAAGAGUGGACAGGAAGAGGAAACAGUGGAUCUGACUGAGCCACGGUUCGAGUCAUUCUGCUUGCCGAAUGUGAAGCCGGUCUUGCUUGAACCAUCUGCACAUAUUUAAAAAGUAGAUAGAAAAGCACAGAACAAAAACUGCCAUUUCGCACUGUGUAGAUAAAAAGCUCACUCUGACGAGAGUGAAGCGUUGAGACUUGAGAGUUUACUACAAGUGAGAGUGUCAAGAUUUGUUCUAAACUAGAGGACUUUUAAUUGAUAAUUUUAAUAAAUAUAUUUAACAAAAUGUACACAAGAGUUAUUAUUCACAAGAUUUGCUAUAUUUUUUUAUUUGGAAAAAAAUGGUUAAGUCAGAAUUGAUUCAUUGUUAAAAAAAUCGAAAUGAG